CCAUUUUUUAGACAAUAUUUCCUUCUUCGUUUCUCUAGCCCGAAAUUCACUUCUCUCUCUUUGUAAUAAUAAUAAUAAUUGUUUUUUUUUAGAAAAAAACCCUCUCUUCCCUUUGAGUGAAAAAUGGUGUAAAGAAUCAAAAAAACAAAGAACAAGGAGCCCAGUUGCAAAAUUUAAGUGGGGGCUUCGAUUUUCUUUACCCAAAAAAAAAAUGGAAGCUAAAACCCUAGCAGCUGAUAAAACCACUGACCCAGGUGCCAAAACCAUCAAAGAAAACGGAAAGGAAGGUUUUGUUGAUGAUUUAGCUCCCGCCUUUGAUGUUAAUAAUCUUGAGGAUUCGGAGAUUAAUGGAGUGUCUUCUUUGUUAAAGAUGCAAGAAAGUGGGUGUCUUAAAGGGUUAGAGUCUGUUUUGGAUUAUCUUAACAAGAAUGAGCAAAGGGGCUUUGGGGAUCAUGGUUUGAAUUCUGAUUUACUAGUUGCAAAUGAGAGGAGUAUUGAUGAUGCUGAUGCUGAUGAUGGUAGGGAAGGAGAGGUGGAUAUAGCAGAUGAUCAAUUUAGGGUUGGCGAUUUUGUGUGGGGUAAGAUUAAGAGUCAUCCAUGGUGGCCGGGGCGGGUUUAUGAUCCUUCAAAUGCAUCUGAUUACGCAAAGAAAGUUAAACAAAGAGAUAAAAUUCUUGUAGCUUAUUUUGGAGAUAGCACGUUUGCCUGGUGCAAUCCAUCUCAGUUGAGCCCUUUCGAGGAGAAUUUUGUGGAAAUGUUCAAGCAGAGUAACUCAAAAAGCUUUGUGAAUGCAGUAAAGGAGGCGGUGGAUGAGGUUGGUAGACUUGUGGAUUUGAAGAUGACCUGUGCUUGCGUGCCUCAGGAGAAUUUGAUUGGGUUUGGUAGAUCAUUGGCAGUGAAUACUGGAAUUAAGGAAGGACUUCUUGUGCCUGAAGGUGGAAUUGAGAAGUUCUCAACUGCUUUGUUUGAACCAGCAGCAUUCCUUCCUGUAUUGAAAGAUGUUGCUCAGUUUGUCAGUACUGUUAAUAUGCUGGAAGUCACAGUGUUAAAGAACUGGCUGUCAGCUUUUUAUCGAGCAAAAGGAGGUUACCAGUUGCCAACUUACCAUGAGCCACUGCCAAUUUCAGGCCUUGAUGAUGACACCAGAAAUUGGAUGAUGGACUUGACUGAUCACAGUGGUGGAGUAGAAGCCAGAAUUCAGGGUCCAGUUGAGGAAGACUGGCUUUCUUCACCGACAAGCUGUAAAUUUGGCCAAACCACCCAGGGCCCUUUGCAGAAAUGUCAAGAUAUGUCAGAGGAUAGAUGGAAUCGGAGAAGGAAACAGAAAAGCAUUGCUGAAAUUUUGCGAGGGGAUAUAGAUGCUGAGGCUGAAAACAAGGAGGAUGAUGUGACUAAAGAAGAAACAGAGUCGAGGAAACAAACAUCUUCCGCUGACAGAGAGACAGGGAAAGGUGGAGGUAAAAUUAUGGGACAGGUGAUGGAUGCUAAGAUCCAAAAUGUGGUGGGGGAUGUGCCUAUAGACAAAGCAAGCUCAGGUAAACCUGCAUCUUCAUCUGGGAGGGAAAAGAGAAAGGCAAGUGAUAAAGCUGACGCUGAGGACAAAAGUCAAGUGGGGGAUGUGGGUGAAGCAGGAACAAACUCUGGCAAGCAUGAAUCUACAUCUGGCAGGAAGAAGAGGAAAGUCAGUGAUAAAGCUGCUGCUGAUUGCAAAAAUGAGGUGGGAAAUGCGGCUGAAUUAAGAUCAAACUCAGAAAAGUCUGCAUCAUCAUCUGGGAGGAAGAAGAGGAAAGUCAGUGAUGAUGUCAAUGCUGAUGGUGGCAGUGAUUCGGUUUCUAGACUGAGGAAAGAGACAACACUUUCUGAGUCUUUUGUAGCAUCUGAUAUUGAAGUUGGUGGUAGGGACGUCAAGAAGGUAAGUUCUGCUUUUGAAAAUGAUGAUGCUGAGGGAAAUAUAGAUGAAACAAGGGACAAAACUGUGUCUGGGAAGAAGAAGAUAGAUGGGGGAUUAAGUGAUCUAAGGGAUGGUGAUGAGGCUAAAGCUCGAAUUGAGAAAGGUUCAUUCUCAAGGGAAAGAAGACAGAGCAAGUACUUGUCCCCUCCCUACACAAAUAUUAAUAGAGGGCAAUACACAAAUAUUAAUAGAGGGCAAAGAAAGAAAGGUUUAGAAGCAGAAUCCAAGAAAAUUUCCGAUGAUCCCCAAUUAAGGGAACGGAUGACCAUGGCUGCAGGCCAUCUUAUCUGCGAGAAAUUUCAGAUGAAAGCCUACGAAGAAACUGGUGGAGAUCAGAUAUCAGACAGUUCAGGUCCUCAGACACCAAAACAAGAUCAGAACAACAUCAUUGAUCUAGUCAAGAUUAAGGCACCUGUCAAUCAAAUGCUAUCUCAUGUCCAGUCUUUAGCUCUUAAUCCGACAUAUCUGAAGGAAGGCAAUGCUCUUGGUUUUGUUGAGGAAUUUGUUUCCGCAUUCAGAAGUUCAAUCUAUCGCAAUGGAUCCAACUACAAAAUGUACAACAAACAUCAACCAGGAAGAACAAAGAGAAAGUCCCAAGAAUCUGAACCUGGGACAUCAGGGGUCGAGCAAAAUCUGGCUGACCAAAGUUCUGCUGAUUAUAAAUCCAGGUCAAAAAGGCCCAAAAAGAGUGAAGAAGCAAAAUUGGACAAGCUCAGAGUCAGGCAAGCUGCCACUGCAACAGAUGUGAAGACAAGUGACAAGGAAUCAGAUGGGAAAUCUCAGGCUGCUGCUGCCCUUUAUGCGACAUUUUCUCCGGGAUCUUCUCUUCCUUCAAAGAAUGAUCUUAUUAUGAUAUAUGAGAAAUUUGGGCCCCUUAAUCAAGAGGAAACGGAGGUGUUCUACAAUAAUGGCUGUGCAAGAAUUGUCUUUUUAAGGAGCCCUGAAGCAGAGAAAGCCUUCAACGAUUCCCAAAUUGCCAGUCCUUUUGGAGCAGCGAGUGUGACUUUCCAGCUUCAAUAUCUCUCAUCAGCUGAAACAAAGACCCCUGAACUCAGAGGGAUACCAAGCUUGAAAUCUUCUCCUCUGGCCAAGGACAAAACCAACCUGGACAAGGAAUUGGCUUCACAAUCAUCUGCUAAUGAUGUGUCACAACUGAACUACAUAAAGCAGAAGCUUGAGAUGAUGAGUUCAAUACUGAAAAUGUCCGAUGGAACAGAUAUGAAAUCCAAAUUAGAAGGGGAAAUUAAAGGCCUAUUGGAGAAGGUAAGCACAAUGGCCAGAUCUUCAUUGUAGAAUGGCAUUCCCUCUUCAGAGUGUUGUGUUCUUGUAGAAGUAAAUCUUUCUUGUAAUGCUGUCCAUAAUACAGGUUAGGAGCUUAUGCUAUACAGAUUACAGAAAGGGUGUUCUGGUUCAUGUAACUAGUUGCUUAUCUCACCAUCAUAGAGAUGAUUAACAUUUUAGAUUUUGGUCUGUUUAUUUACAUGGUAGUGAUAUAUAUAGUUUAUAUUACAAAAGUUGAA